AGAAGAAAAGCUGCCCUGCAUUGUGAUAUUAUCUAUAUUAUCAGUGCAAGUGAGUAGAAAAUAUUCAUCUUUGUCAUUCUAGCUUUUAGAACAGCAGGUCUUUCAUCUUGUCUUCAAACAUUAGCGGCUAUACUUUUGUUUGUAUUGUCUUUGGCUGUCAUCUACAAGUUGAAGAAGAUCUUCUUCAAUAAUGUCAGAUCGGAUGUAGGAAAAGUUCAGAUUCAAAUUGCCAAUUGAAGUCUUGAUAACUAAGAAGGGGGCUUAUUUUCAAGGGGUUCUUUAUGUAGGGUGACUUUCCUGGUAAUUUUUUAUUUUUUUCUUCUGAUAUUCAACUAUCUAUAUGGUCAAAAACUAUUUAUCCCACGUAACCAAAGUUUUUGUCAUGCACUGUCCAUAUAUGCGUUAAAUUUAUUUGAAAUAGCUGAUUAAUGCACAUGCCAAUCUUUUAUUCUGCCAAUCACCUUUGUUAUUUUUAUCAAUCUUUAUGGAUUAAUUAGUGAUCCUAACUUGGUUGUCCCAAUUUUUCCCCUUAGAUGCAUGGCAAUUUUAGCUUUCACAAUCUCAGGACUUCAUACAAGAAACCAUGCUAGUUUUUAUACUCCAAUAUUUGACAGGCAUCAUAUUGCAUCAUGUACUAUACUGUGCUAAAACUUUAUUGAACAUCAAAACAUACGAGGACAUAUCACCCAUGUUGUUUACUUAAAUCAUUUAACUAAAGUUAUUUUCCUUUAAGUAAGGUAUUGAGCCUUAAAUUCAUGUGUGGAAAGAUAAAGCUUUGUGAGAGAGCAAGAGAAAUGGUAUUUCUAUGCCCUUAUAAGAGAAGAUGUACCUUUCAGUCUGUGUGCUACUAGGGUCCAGCAUUCCAUCAUACGGUGUUCAGUUCAAAUCUCCAUGCUAGAUGGAGUAUAAGUCAUGGCCUUGCUGGAAGCAUGGUUAGAGGAGCCUUGCAUGUUAGGAU